AUGUCGCAGAAAUCACGUUUAACUUCUCGCCAAAUGGACGAACUUCGUGAUGCAUUCAAUUUAUUUGAUACUGAUCAUAGUGGUACAAUAAGCUCAGAUGAAUUAAAACAAGUCUUAAUUGCACUAAAUUAUAAACCAACAGCGCAGUUACUAAGAAAAAUCAUGAAACAGAUAGAUACAGAUGGUAAUGGUGUGAUUGAAUUCAAUGAGUUUGUUCGUGUUAUGGGCGACGUGUACGAGAGACAAUUUACGAAUGAAGAAAUGAGACGAGCAUUUCAAUGUUUUGAUACCGACGGUUCAGGUUUCAUCACAGCAAAUGAAUUACGUGGUGUUUUAAAAAAAUUAAAUCUUAAUAUUACUGAAGAACGUAUAUCGGAAGUAAUGCGUGAAGUCGAUGAUGAUGCUGACGGCAAAAUUAGUUUUGAAGAAUUUUGUAAAAUGUUACAACAUAGUGUGUAA